GCCGUUUUCAUGUGUGAACUGUGGAAAAAGUUUUAGACAUAAACAGAAUUUAACUAAGCACAUGAGGAUUCACACUGGUGAAAAGCCGUUUUCAUGUGGGAACUGUGGAAAAAGUUUCGGUCGAAAAGAGUAUUUAACUCAGCACAUGAGGAUUCACUCUGGUGAAAAGCCGUUUUCAUGUGGGAACUGUGGAAAAAGUUUUAGACAUAAAUAUAGUUUAACUCUGCACAUGAGGAUUCACACUGGUGAAAAGCCGUUUUCAUGUGUGAACUGUGGAAAAAGUUUUAGUGAAAAAACGGCAUUAACUCAGCACAUGAGGAUUCACACUGGUGAAAAGCCGUUUUCAUGUGGGAACUGUGGAAAAAAGUUUCGUGAAAAACAGAAUUUAACUAAGCACAUGAGGAUUCACACUGGUGAAAAGCCGUUUUCAUGUGUGAACUGUGGAAAAAGUUUUAGACAUAAAUAUAGUUUAACUCAGCACAUGAGGAUUCACACUGGUGAAAAGCCGUUUUCAUGUGUGAACUGUGGAAAAAGUUUUAGUCAAAAACAGAAUUUAAGUCGGCACAUGAGGAUUCACACUGGUGAAAAGCCAUUUUCAUGUGUGAACUGUGGAAAAAGUUUUAGACAUGAACAGCAUUUAACUCAGCACAUGAGGAUUCACACUGGUGAAAAGCCGUUUUCAUGUGUGAACUGUGGAAAAAGUUUUAGUCAAAAACAGGAUUUAACUCGGCACAUGAUGAUUCACACUGGUGAAAAGCCAUUUUCAUGUGGGAACUGUGGAAAAAGUUUUAGACAUAAACUGGAUUUAACUCGGCACAUGAGGAUUCACACUGGUGAAAAGCCGUUUUCAUGUGUGAACUGUGGAAAAAGUUUUAGUCGUAAACAGCAUUUAACUAAGCACAUGAUGAUCACACUGGUGAAAAGCCGUUUUCAUGGGAACUGUGGAAAAAGUUUUAGUGAAAAACAGAAUUUAACUAAGCACAUGAGGAUUCACACUGGUGAAAAGCCGUUUUCAUGUGUGAACUGUGGAAAAAGUUUUAGUGAAAAACAGAAUUUAACUAAGCACAUGAGGAUUCACACUGGU